AUGGGAAACUUUGGGACUAACAUGUCAAGUACCACCAGCUUCACUCUAACAGGUUUUCCAGAGAUGAAGAGCCUGGAGCACUGGCUGGCUGCCCUUCUCUUGCUACUUUAUGCUAUCUCUAUCCUUGGUAACACCCUAAUCCUCUUUAUCAUAAAGGAAGAGCAGAGCUUGCACCAGCCAAUGUACUAUUUCCUGUCUCUUUUGUCUGUCAAUGACCUGGGUGUGUCCUUUUCUACAUUGCCUACUGUCCUGGCUGCAGUGUGUUUUCAAGCCCCAGCAAUUGCUUUUAAUGCCUGCCUGGCCCAGAUGUUUUUCAUCCACUUUUUCUCCUGGACAGAGUCUGGGAUCCUGCUGGCCAUGAGUUUUGACCGCUACGUGGCCAUCUGUAACCCCUUGCGCUAUUCCACAGUCCUCACUGAUACCCGUGUGGCCCACAUUGGCAUAUCCAUCAUCACCCGCAGCUUCUGCAUGGUCUUCCCACUUCCCUUCCUCCUGAAGAGGCUGCAUUUCUGCAAGACCAAUGUGCUGACCCAUUCCUACUGCCUUCACCCAGACUUGAUCCACCUGCCCUGUGGAGAUACUACCAUCAACAGCAUGUAUGGCCUGUUCAUUGUCAUCUCUGCCUUUGGUAUAGAUUCAGUACUCAUCUUCCUCUCCUAUGUUCUCAUUCUACACUCUGUGCUAGCCAUUGCCUCCCAGGAAGAGAGGCUUAAGACACUCAACACAUGUGUGUCACAUAUCUGUGCUGUGCUAAUCUUCUAUGUGCCUAUGGUUAGUGUGUCCAUGGUCCAUCGAUUUGGGAAGCAUGCCCCUGAGUAUGUGCACAAGUUCAUGUCCCUGGUCUAUCUCUUUGUGCCUCCAAUGCUCAAUCCAAUUAUCUAUUCUAUUAAGACUAAGGAAAUUCGCAGGAGGCUACACAAGAUGUUACUGGGACCUAAGCUCUGA